UGGCGCACUAUUGGCGUGAUUUGAUCACGUGACCUGUUUUGACGCUAAAAAUGAGCGUCGAGCGUCAACAUGAAAAAGCACCUUUACGCGUCCAGUGUGCAGUAGCCAUUAGUCGCGUGUGCUCGGUUUUGCGAAGCAAAGUGUAAACUAUAUACGUGGUGAAGGAGUUUACAAAGCUCAACCAAAAUAAUUCGUGUGACAACAUGAAUUGGAAAAAGACCAUCACCUUCGGUAAGAUCAGCGCGAAUUUGAACAAGGAUGCCUCGAGUACAUCCUCGGAAGCUGUCGCCGAGACCUCCAAUUCAGGAUUCGGCAAGUUUGGCAAGAAACGCGAGGAGACGAACGUGACGCAGAUGGCUGAGAUCAAGCCGGAGGAUGAGGAGGAGAGCCAAAACAUCAAGAAGUUGAUGGGCAUUUCAGGUUUCGGCAAAGUAGCGAAAUCCUUUGACAUACAGGAAAUGAUGGAAAAUAUUACCAAGACCAUCAAUAUCAAUAAAGCGGCUGCGCUUGAGAGGGAAAAAUCUUCCGAUGACAGCGUGGAAUCUAAAAAGGACGAUGAUAAUGACGGAGAUAAUAAUGAUCACCAUGACAAUAACGAUGACAGCGACGAUGACGACUUUAUUGGCCCACCAAUACCACCGGAGCUGACUUCCGAUAAAGAAGAGGUUAGGAACGCAGCAGGGAAGAAGAGGAACACCGAUGACAGCGAUGACAACGAUGACGAUGAUGACAAUAACGAACAAGCAUCCGAUGCCGAGGAAGAAAUGACACUGAGUGAGAGGAUUCCUUGUACUCACGAAGUUACGAUGACCCAUGGCACGAAGGCGGUGAUCGCGAUCGCUGCGGAUCCGUCUGGAGCGCGACUGGCGUCCGGUUCCGUCGACUACGACGUCUGCUUCUGGGAUUUCGCUGGCAUGGACUCGUCCAUGAGGAGUUUCCGGACUCUGCAGCCUUGCGAGAACCAUCCUAUCAAGUGCUUGCAGUAUUCCACUACUGGCGAUAUGAUACUGGUGAUAUCAGGUGCAGCGCAGGCGAAGGUCCUGGACCGGGACGGCUUUGAGAAGUGCGAAACUGUGAAGGGCGACCAGUACAUCACGGAUAUGGCGCGUACCAAGGGUCACACCGCUAGUCUCAACUGUGGCUGCUGGCAUCCCUUCACCAAGGAAGAAUACCUGACCUGCUCUCAAGACAGCACUUGCAGGGUAUGGAACUUGUACAGGCCGCGCGCCCAUAAGAGCCUGAUCAAAUGCAGAGCGCAGAACGGCGUGAAGACCGUGCCCACUACUUGUGCUUACAGUCGAGAAGGUGCGGCAGUCGCGUGUGGCUGCGUGGAUGGCUCGAUACAAAUGUGGGACCGUAGGAAGAACUUUGUCAAUCCGUCUCUCAUUCUGAGAGGUGCUCACGCACAGGGCAACGAAAUCUCGAGUCUGAGUUUCUCGUACCUCGGGCAGAUGCUGGCGAGUAGAGCUUGCGACGACACCUUGAAGAUGUGGGACCUGCGGUCGUUCAAAACACCAAUUCACGAGAUGAAAGGCCUGUUCUCACGCUACGACACGACAGACUGCAUGUUUAGUCCAGAUGACUCGAUGAUCGUCACGGGUGAAUCCCUGAAUAAAGGUAAAUCAACUGGUAGAGUGCUGUUCUACGAUAGCAAGACGUUCGACUUGGUCAAGGAGAUUCCUGUGACGAACUCGCACGUGAUCAAGACCUUGUGGCAUCCAAAACUGAAUCAGGUGUUCGUCGGUUGCGGCAACGGUAUCGUCAACGUGUAUUACGAUCCUAACAAGAGCAUGAGAGGCGCUAAACUAUGUGUUGUUAAAACACACAUGAAGCAGAAGCAUAUCGAAGUAAUGUCCACUCAGCAGAUUAUAACGCCCCAUGCUCUUCCCCUGUUUCGUCAGGACAGGCCCAAGUCAGUCCGCAAGCAAAUGGAGAAAGAUAGACUGGAUCCAGUCAAGUCGAGACGUCCCGAUCUGCCUAUUACUUCUGGACAGGGCGGCAGAGUGGCAUCCUCCGGAGGAACGCUUAGUUCGUACGUCAUACGAAAUCUUGGACUGAGCAAGCGGAUAGAGGACGAUCAGGAUCCUAGGGAAGCUAUCCUGAAAUAUGCAAAGAUUGCGGAGGAAGAACCGUACUGGAUCGCGCCCGCCUAUAAGAAGACGCAACCGAAAACGAUCUUUCAAACCGACGAUCAGGAAAGUGGACCGAGUAGUAAGAAACAAAAGACUUAAACCUGUAUAUAUGCUAACGUAAACAAAUGUAAUUAUAUAGAUUCGUGUAUAGUAACAUGUAACAAGUUAAUUCGACAGAGGGCCACUUCGACCAAAGUGCAGUUAAUUUAAUCGUCGAUUAACUCAAUCUUCGUCUCUUUCUAAGGCAGGUAGUUAGAAAAGGACGAAGAGCGAGUUAAACGGCACUGGUAGAAGCGGGCCAGAGUACAAUACAAUAAUGGAUUGCACAAUAAGUUUAUCGUAAUAUAAAAUUUAUAUCUAAAGAGUAUUCAUCGUUAUGUGAUAUAUAUUAUGUAUGUGUUACAUCGCAAGUGAGCUAAUACCGAAUUUUUUUACAUGUAUUCCAAAUCUUUGUAUUUUGUUUAUUAGACUGUUCUCUUGAGAUAUAUAUAAACCUGAUGUACAAUAUUACAUAUAUGUGAAAAUGUAAAUAUAUUCUCUACAUAAAACCGUAGAAAUGUAAAAACC